CUGGACGAUAAGGGGAGCGGCAAGCAAGUGCUUGCUGCAGGUGUCGAUACGGAAGGUGGGUUUAUAACUCUAUUCAAUUCCACCGCAAUUCGAGUUUCAAUCCUCUCGUUCGCGGUUUGCUGUGAUUGCCAUCGUUGUUGUUAUGGGAUUAUAUGGUUCUUCUGGCUAAAUUGCCAUGUCUGUUUUUUCCAAAUCUAGAUCCGUCCACAUCUUCCGCCAAUUCGGCGUGUUCUCCGCCGCUUCAACCCGCAGACGCGCACAACCUAGGUGAUAAUUCAUAUCUGGCCACACCAUUGAUUUCGUGUCCCACGUCCCCGGGAGCGUCGAGUCGCUCGGCCACUGGGUCCUUUGGCUCGCAGAACCCUCCCCGCAACCUCAGCGUAACCCCGAAUCCGCCUGCCGCCCUCCCGUCUCUGCCCAGAUACCAGGGUGCCUGGGAAUCGCUGGCGUCGUCCCCGGAUAAUAGAAGAGCGGAGAGCAGUGUUUACUACACAACGGCUUGGGGUUCUCCGUAUGCUGCACCCAGUCCUCGAAGGCUUUCGUGGUCACUGAGUCAGUACGCCAGUAUCGAUCGUGAGUCGGGAGCAAGUUCUCCAACCUCGAUACGCAGUGGUAUUUAUCACGGGUCGGAAACAAACCAAACAGAGUUUCUGAGGCCAUCCGCUGCGGACACCUCUUUCAGGAAUUUGCGCAGUGUUAGCCGCAAUCGUUCUCCCGUACGAGAUUUAUUGGGGAGAAAAGGAGGAAAGUCUAUAAAAGAUUUCACGCAGGAUUGGAUCAAUCAGUAUCUUUCCGGUCAGCCGAGGACUGAGAAGAGCAAUUGGCUGAGUGACGACUCUGGCAGUGAAGCCCCGUCAUUUUUCACGGCGCAAAACCAUUUCGCCGACGACCCAUCUGACGACUGGCUUGGUCUGGAAGACGAUAACCGUGAAGAGGAUAUCUUGAGAACGCCAACUCUAGCCGACUUUGUGAAUCGGAGGAAGGUCGCUGGUCAAGGCGAGAGUGCCGCUACUCAGAGAGUCAAAGAUUAUCUGCACAAGAGAACGGAAACGCUUCGGCAAGAGGACUUUUGGGGAUUUGCUUACGACAAGGAUCCUCAGCCCAUAACCAUGGCCGAAACAAAAGACACACCGCUCCCACCUGAGCCGGGGGCUAAUAAAACGACCUCGCCGACAGAGAAGCCAUUACCCCCACCGCCAGUAGAGGACGAAAAUGCAGGCCCUUCGCCGUCACAACCCUCCGAAGCUUCCAACUCCAAACCCAUAAAGAAGCCAGCAAUGGACAAACCAUCUCGACCGGUCCGAAAGAAGAUUGCUUGGCGUGGGAAAGCGUGCAUUAUCGCGCUCCCCAUGGAGGAUAACAGAGGUUCUGAGGAAUCUGGAUACCGUCUACUGACCCGUGCAGACAUGGCACAACGGUUAAAAAGCUGGGAGGAUGAAGGUUAUGAUAUUCGCGGAUUCAAUGUUUCCACGACUGAGGAUCCUGCAGGUAUCAACCUUGGUGGUGCAAGUCGGCCGCUAUUCCCUGAUUCCAGCGAGUUGCAGGACGGGAAAAUUGAAAACUAUACCGUCAGAUUUCCAAAUAAAGGAGAAUGGGAUGCUUAUGUCAACUUCCUCCAAGAAGAGAAGCUACGAGCUCUUGGAGUGUCGUUGGGCGACGAGGAGGCACCACCUUCCGUUUCUCCUGCUGCUUCCAUGAAUCAAAUGGCUCCUUUCCCCGGCCUUGUAUCAUCCCCUCCGAUCCCAACAGCAUCAGCCGCUAGCAACCCGCUCGGUGUUCCUCAUCAUCCCUUCUCCCCGCAAUUUAACCAAUCAGCCCCUGGCAGUAACGGCAUUGGCUCUUUGGCUUCCCCUGCCUCCCAAUUUGGCGUCCAGCCACCGUUCUUUGGGGUCGAUCAGAACCUUCUCGGUGGCUAUCCCGUUCAAUUUCAGCCUACACCUCCUGCACAGGGCUCUCUCACCCCUCAAAGCUUCUUCAACGCACGCCAAUCCGGUGCCGCUUCGGCACUUUCUGGUGCUUUGCCGAACAUGACCUCUAUGUUGUCACCGGUGUCUCCAAUGAAUGAACACGGCGUUUUCCAUCCAGGAUUGAACGAUGGCCCCGGCCCCUCCGAAGACGGCUUUGAUGGCAGGUUUAAUCAUGACACGCAAGACCACAUCGCUGCGGGCCAGUCAUUGCGCCCUAUCCGCACUCCUACUGAGACACCUGACAAUUUCCACUCAUCUAAUGUCGAAAUCGCUCAUCCUACGCCCCGUGGUCAUAGCCGUGGCCACAACCUAAGCGAGACUCUUCAAAAAGGUCUUGACCAGAUCGCUCAAUCCGACUAUCACUUGGAGGCAUCAAUUCAACGACAACUCGAGGAGGAUGACCGUCACUUACAUGGCUCUGAGAUGUUGAAGUCGAGGUGGGCCAUUCCAGACAACAAUCAUCACCCGAUUCACGACCCACAUCACUUUUACGGCGGGAACUAUGCAGGUGAUAAUGGCCAUGAGGGAUCGGACAUUGAUACCAACCCAAGUCUUACUGGAACACCUCACCAUGGACCGCUUGCAAACAAUAUCCCUUGGCAUGAACCGAAGCCAAGUAAUGGGUCCUUUGUUCCAGGACACCAUUCAAAAUUUUCGUCAUCAAGCUUCAACGUGGAAGCGAAGGAGUUCGAUCCAAUGGCUUCGUUUGCAUCUCAGAACUUUCCAUUCCAAAACAACACGUUCCAGGUUCCUGGAAUGGAGCAGCCUGGCUUUGGCUUCGCUGCAGGGCCCGGCUUCAAACCAGCGCUCCCUCAAACGGAUUCGUUCAAUGUUACAGCCCCCGCCUUUACUCCUGGCGGUAUGAAUGGCCAGAACAAUGCUGGGUCCGGUGAAUUCAAGUUUUCCUCCGCUUCCUUCAACGUUGCCGCUCCGGCAUUCAAUCCAUCCAGUAGCAUCGCCUCGGAUGGCUCCCAACAACCACCGAGUGGGAAGACCAAGAUCUUUGGGGAUGUUGAUUACUCCGAAGCCUCUAAACCAUCCAAAAAGUCCAAAGCAAUCCCCAUCGUGCGACCCGAUGAGAAUGAGGAAACCAAGGAUGAGAAUGAACCACAAGUGGAGAAUGACAAUGGCCGACCUAUUCCUACGGAUCGCCAUAAGCGCGCUCGCCGUGGUGAUGAGCGUUCCGAUGGAGAGACUCAGGUCAGCAUUCCGAAUGCUCUAGCGGAAACCAAAAAUAUUCAAGCAUCCCACGCCUCGAACCCGUCCCAACCUCCGGCGGCAGGCAAAGAAAACGCAGCCCCUGAGAAAGAAACUGACACACCAGAUGCGAAACCAAUUCCGGUCCCCGAUGACAGAGAUGGAAAGGCUACACCUGUUAGUGAGGCAUCAACAUGGGCAGCGCCUGCUGAGACCAAGGAUGAGGGCGAAACGGCCCAGCCACACUUACCAGAGCAGGGUCAGCCGGAGUCCGAAGCGGCUGUUGAAAAAGAACCUGAGUCUGAGAAACAGCCUACGCAAGAUGAGGUGCCGGCUACUGUUGCAGAGAACAAGCCUACCGAAGAAGAGGCUUCGAAAGACUCUCAGAAGAAACCAAUGCUCUCCGCGACAGCCCAGCCAUUCCAGUUCAAGCCUGCCGUGCGCGAGUUUGUGCCUACGACAGUCGAAGAUUCCAAACCCACCCCUGAGGAGCCAAUCAAGAAGAAUGACCUCAUGGCUUCUCGCUACGCUGUUGCAAGCCCGCCCCCGACUUUGUCUAAGGAUAAGCCGUUGCCGCCUCCACCUGCCCAGUCUGACAAUACCGACAUCAAGGACCAUGCGCCAGAUGCUACAGAGCCUCAGUCAGAGCACGUGUCGGGCGACGAAGUGCAGCAGUCUCUUAAUGAGGAUGAACUGAAUGCUGUCAUGGAACAGCUGAAUGAUGGCUCGGAUGUCGGAAUUGAGAGACUGAGCACGCCCCACCCCAAGACACGAGUGCCGGACUCCGUUGUUGCUCCAUCUAAGGAAAAGAAACAUGCUCCAGCAGAGAUAAGAAGUGAAGCGCCUAGCCCCAGCCCAGGCAGGGGACUAAUCCCUCACAUGCUGAAUGUUCCAAAGCUUACAACAGAUUUCGAUGCUGAUUCCCAGGCUUCUGCCUCCCCUCAAAAGGGUUUUAUUUCUGGCAUGCAUUCGCCUAUCCGGCAACUGAUCAAUGAGAAUGACCAUAUCAGUGAUUGGGAUGAUGUGAUCUCUUCUGGCGAGGACGAAAAGCUGGCGAAUCGAAGCAGGUUCUUUGACCGUCGCGUCAACGACCUUGUUGGCUCUGCAGUCGAUGAGCGUCUAUCUCCCCUUGAACGUGCGUUGGGCGUUAUUCAACAGGCCGUGGAAUCUAUUGCUUCAGGUGUUCCAAACAGAUGGCGCCACAGAAGUACCUCCGCUGAGAUUGAAGACAGCGAUGCAGACGAUGAGGACGAUGAGUAUGACGAGAACGAGUCGUACAGAGCAAGAUCUCCCAUCCGUCCUCGGGAUCGAAAGUUUGAUAAGCUUAAGAAAGUUCUCUUGGAAGCGCUAGAGACCCGUGAUUCUUCCAACCAGGUGGCAGAAAACCCAACUGCCACUGAACUAGCGCAGCUUCGGGAAAGCUUUGCUGAGCUGCAAGCACUUACUACACAGAAGCUGUCGCAAGACCCCACGGAGAAUCUGAAAACUACCAUCCAAGAGGUUAUCUCAACUCAAUUGAGCCAGCAGAACGCACGCCCCUCGGAAGCAGAUGAAAUUGGUGCCGACAGUCUUAUGCUUCAGAUUGAUGGUUUGAAGAGCAUGCUGAGACUCGCUGACGAGCGGGCCGAGCAAGAAUACAAGCUCCGCAGGGAAGCUCAGGAUUCUAUGGCUGAGCUCCAGGGAUUGUUGAAGGCUUCCCAGGAGGAUGCUGCUCGUCACAGCGAAGCUGCUGAAUCUGCCGAGACUCGUCUUCUCCACCUCAAGGAGGAGAAGCUUCCUUACUUCGAGAAAGUUCAAUCCCAAACCGAUUCAGUGAACCAGGACAAUGAGACACUCAAGCUUACGCUCACCGAACUUUCUGCGAAGAACAUUUCUCUCCAGGGCACCAUUGAUGAGCACCGUGUUAGUAGCGAUCAUUAUAAGCGGGAAAGCGAGCAAUGGAAACAGGUAGCCGAAGCAUCGCAGGAGGAAAAUAAGAACCUUCGUGGCAAUAUUGAGCAGUUCAAGGUGCGCCUUGAAGACGGCAUGAACGCCCGACAGAAUCUCACCGAGAAGUUUGACCGUCUUCAAGAGGAGAUGGUGAAUGUAACUCGUGAUAUUGCUCGUGACCAGGCAGCUUCUCGACGACGAGAAGAGGAGCACAUUGCCAAGUUUAACGAGCUGCGAGCAUCCUACGCACGUGAGGUCAAGCUGCGUGAGAAACUCGAUAACGACAUCGCCGAGCUUGAGCAGCAGGAAAGAGAGGCGGCCAAGCUGAAGUUUAUCUUCGGUCAAUCUCAGCAGGAGAAUGCACGGCUUGAGGAACUGGUUGCCAACCUUAGAGUUGAAAACCAUGAUCUCACAAUUAAGGCUGCUCGCUUCGAGCGUGAGUUCAACGAGGCCCGUGAGAGUAGCCGAGUUGAGAUCCAGCGCACCCGAACCUCGUUCGAAGCUGAUCUCGAGGCUGCCAACAGCCAAGUCAACAUCGUCCGGGCCGAGUUGGAAACACAAAUCAUCCGCCUACAGAGUCAACUGGACAGCGUUAAACUGGAUGCCGACACAUCCCAGGAGCGGUACGAAAUGCUCCUAGAGGAGGCCAAGGAGUCCAAGGCCACUGCUGUGGCUGCGGCUGUUGGGUCGAAGGAGCUUGCCAUUGAGGACCACCGAAGUCUGCAUGAGCGUGUCCUCAAUGACCUUCGGGAGCGCCAUGCCCGUGCUCUUCACAACUCUUCUGAGGACCGAGCACGUGGUGAGGCUCACCUGAUGGACCGGUUGGCUCUGUCGGAUGAGAAGGUGGUGCACCUACAGGAUCGUGUCAACCAUUUGGAAGAGAAACUCGAGAUUGCGAAGUCUGCUGCUCGCGCAGCCGCUGAAGCAGCUCAGAAUGCCAAGACAGGCCCCAGUGCACCUGCUCUGGCACACGCAAGCUCGCCAUCCAUGUCAUUCGACAAAGGAUCUACUGUUCCCGAAAAGAUCUCUCCUCAAGCUUUGCGCGAGUCCAUCCUUGUUCUUCAAGACCAGCUGCAGCAACGUGAGACCCGCAUCGACGAGCUCGAGCAAGAAGUCUCAAGCAUUGAUAAAGAUGCUCCUAACAAGCUCAAUGAGAAAGACACAGAAAUCAACUGGUUGCGUGAACUCCUUGGUGUCCGGAUAGAUGAUCUUCAGGACAUCAUCAAGACUGUGUCACAGCCAUCCUUUGAUCACAAUGCUGUGCGCGACGCUGCUAUUCGCCUGAGGGCCAAUCUGCAGAUGCAACAGCAAGAAAGGGAGAGGUCUCUUUCUGGCCAAGGCUUCCCGUCUUUCCCGUCUAUUUCUGAAAUGACCGCAUCGCCACGUUCUCUUCCUCUCGCAGCAGCGGCCGCAUGGGGUAACUGGCGCAAAGGAAAGGACAAUUCUGAGCAGACCCCUUCCAAGGCAAGCAAUGCAGGAGCCUUUUUGUCAGGACUUCUGACUCCUCCGGCCUCCAACCUUCGACAGGCUCCGUCAAAUGGAAAGUCUCCUGCGGGACCAGCAUGGCGACGGUCAUCGGAAGGCCGUCCGCUAAGGUCAUUCAACUCAACUCCCAGACCGCUGUCCGCGCGGCAAGGAAGCUCGAUACCCGAACCCCCGUCAACUCCGCCGCUCCUCCGAAAGUCUAGCUAUGACCAUGACGCUGAGCCUACCAACUAUGAGCAAGACACUUUCGGGGACGAUGGCGAGAGCACAGCAGGUGACUUAGUCUCCGCGUCUCCCAAAGAUACAGGAGACGGUCCUUUUGGGCCACAAAUAUCUUAACUUCUCCCUUUGUUUAUUUCCGUUAAGUGCUCUUGAUAUUUCGUCGUAAAAUCUAUUGACGAAUGAGCAUUCUGAUCUGAUAUUAUGGUGCAUCUGAACUUCCCCCUCUCGAUUUGGUUUCAUUUUACAUAUUUCGAUUGUUUUGCUUGAACAAACACCCCCUUUUCACCGUUGAUGGCAGUGCGAUUACGAUCUUUUCCCCUUGAUCUUGACAUACAUAUUUUCUGUGCUUUCAGCCGAUACUGAUACCACUUGUUGAUUUUGUGGCAAUCUUCUGUACAAUUCCCCUUACAUCCCUGUGUUCACUAAUUAAUCGACUUACGGUC